AUGGCUACUAAGUUGUUCUUGUUGCUUGCUAUCUGUGUUCUCCCUCUGCUCAUUAAUGCACGCAGGGAGCCUUUCCAUAUCAUCGGCAAAGUUUACUGUGAUGCCUGCCGUGCUGGCUUUGAAACAUCCAAAUGCACUUACAUACCUGGUGCAAGGGUGGAAAUCAAUUGCUAUGACAGGAUAACUUUAAGGUUGCAAUACAGCAUUGGGGCACUGACCGACUCAACUGGAACAUAUAACAUUUUGGUUGAAGAUGACCACCAAGACCAAUUAUGCUAUGCUACGCUUGUCAGCAGCCCCAUUCCCAGCUGCAAGAUUGCGGAUCCUAGACGUAACAAGGCCACUGUUAUUCUCACCCGCAGUAAUGGUGCCAUUGCCAACCUUCAUUAUGCAAAUGCAAUGGGAUUCCUCCAGGAGAAGGCAGCAGAUGGUUGCCAAGAACUGCUCAAGAAGUUACUGCAAGACGAUUAAUAGAGAAUUUAUGUUCUUCCUGUUUUAGCCUCGUUUUUUUUUUAUUUUUUU